AUGGAGAAACACGAGGAGGUAACUGGUGUCGGGCAGGAAGUCAGCCGAGACGAGAAGGGAGAUGUUGUCCAGAUCGACGUGACCCGUGAUAUCACCCGCGCCGAGCAUGAGCUUGGCUUUCGACAAGCUUUGCGACAAUAUCCCACCGCCACAUUCUGGGCCAUGUUCUUCAGUAUUGCCGUUAUUAUGUCGGGCUAUGACGGUCAAAUCAUCUUCUCCUUUUACGCUCUCCCAGCAUUCCAGAAGAGGUAUGGAAUUCCCAUCGGCGACGGCUUCGAGAUCCCAGCACCAUGGCAGACGGCUCUCGGAAUGGGCAACCCAAUUGGACAGGUCUUGGGAGCUCUUGCAAGUGGAUAUCCUAUGGAGCGAUUUGGCCGGAAAUGGACUUUGGCUGUCUGCUGCGUAUGGUCUGUCGGAUUUGUCUUUGUUCAAUUCUUUGCCUCGUCUCUUCCUAUGCUCUGUGCCGGUGAGAUUCUUGGUGGCUUGGCAUACGGCUUCUACGUGGUCAUUGCACCAACGUAUGCAUCGGAAAUUUGUCCGCUUGCACUGCGAGGUCUGCUUACAGCAUUUAUCAACUUGGCUUUCGUCAUUGGACAGUUUAUUGCUCAAGGAGUCGCUGCCGGCUUGGAAGGCAGAGAAGAUCAAUGGGCGUAUAAAGCACCGUUUGCAUUGCAAUGGCUUUGGCCAGUAAUCAUUCUCAUUGGACUACCUUUUGCUCCUGAGAGUCCAUAUUGGCUUGUUCGUCGGGGGCGUAAGGAGGACGCUCGUAAAGCCUUGGAAGCAUUGUCGUCGUCGAAGAAUAAACCCGACAUUGACCAAGUGCUGCUUGGCGUUGAGCAGACGGAUCUCUUGGAACAGGAGUUCGAAGCGACUACGAACUACUUGGAUCUAUUCAAGGGCGUCAACCGUGUGCGGACAGAGAUUACAAUUAUGGUGUACUUGAUCCAAGUCAUCGCCGGAAAUCCGCUUAUCGGCUACGCCAACUUCUUUUUCGAGCAGGCCGGUCUUAAGGCUGCCGACGCAUUUGAUAUGGGCGUUGGAAACACGGCGCUGGGUUUUGUUGGCACCAUUACCUCAUGGUUCUUGCUAAACUACUUCAAACUGGGCCGACGAACAAUCUAUAACACCGGCAUGUGGGUGAUGACGCUACUUCUCUUCAUCAUCGGCUUCCUUAGCAUUCCCACAAAUAACCAAGGCGCAAUUUGGGCAAUGGCUAGCUGCAUGGACGUGUGGACAUUUAUCUACCAAAUGACAGUCGGACCAAUCUGCUUCGUCAUUAUUUCCGAAAUAUCUUCUACGCGUUUGCGAACGAAGUCCAUUGCGUUAUCCACCGCCGUGCAAUCCUUCUUCAAUAUCAUCAGCACAAUUGCCAUGCCUUAUAUGCUGAAUACCGAUCAAGCAAACUGGGGUGGAAAAGCAGGAUUCUUAUUUGGGGGCAUAAGCUUUUUCUGUGCCAUCUGGUGUCAUUUUAGACUUCCCGAAAGUAAAGGAAGAACUUUCGAGGAACUUGACAUUUUGUUCCAUAGAAAGGUUCCCUUGCGAGACUUUAAGACUUAUGAUCUUUUGGCAGAGACCGAGUUGGAGAAAGUGCAAACAGCAUAG